AUGAACUGCGCAGGGACAUGAGGUGCCACUUGGCAACAGAGGCUACAGCAUUUGGGACCGGUUUGCGCAAUGCCAGCACUGAUAACAUGCUACAGUCUGGGAAGAUAUCAUGAGAUGAUAUCUUCUCACAACAUGAUGAGUUUUUAUUUGAGCGGUGAGGAUCUUCUCAUGAGAUCAUGAGAGGAUAUCAACUGUGAGGGGCUUUUAUCGUCCCAUCCUGCUGUUCCAGGUCGGUUGGUUGGUACAGGUCCGAGCAGAGUUCGGCAUUGGGUUCCCGUGCAGCUCUUGCAUUGGUACUGGACUGAGCAGUUGUGCCUUGGGCUGUCAGAUCAGACCACCUGCAGCGUACGUCUCCCCUGGACAACUAUGGGCGCCUCUCAAUCGCUCGAUGAUGUGGAACAGGAUGAAGAGGAAAGCCCCAUCGCUGAUUAUGUUUCUCUUCCUCGCGAGUCACAUAAUUUGACGCCGGUCCCAUUAGGACCACCACUCUUGAAACCGGAUGCCAGCCAAUUUGUCCCCAACUUGAAAGAGCAGAGUGAUGCUCCGAAUGAAGUGAAAUCGCGUGGCCGACAGUUGUCCCAAGCAGUGCAUCGGUAUUCUGACGAGAGGUUGUCGCCAACGAGGUCGUUGUCAUCGUCGUCAUCGUCGUCGUCAUCGUCAUCCUCAGGACAUCUAUCAUCGAUGGGGUUGUAUGGCUCUUCGAAGCAGUUGUCGUUUUCAUCGUCUCCAUCCACAGCAGCAGCAGCAACAACCUUCUCCCCAUCCCCAUACAGCUCCUCAACCAUUUCGCCAUUAUGUAGACCUAGUGGCGUGCCUCAUCCUGCACCACCGUCCACGCCUAUCGAACACAGCCAUGCGCACUCUAUUCUGCAGAAGUCGCUCAAUUUUCAGACGGGUUUGAUCUCGCAUUCUCAGCCUGGCUCUCCAAGAAUGGCAGCGAUCCAGCGUGAGCCGUGGACAGAAGUAUAUCUGAUCCGUCAUGGCGAAAGCACUAUGAACCUGCAGCCAACAAUUAUCAGCGGGCGAUCGCCUGGGGCGCUGCUGACAAAUCGAGGCCGAAAGCAAGCGCAAGCCUUAGGAGUUUUCCUUCGAGAUUAUUCCGGGAUCAAGUUUGAUGCGAUCUAUUGCUCACCGCUGGAGAGAGCAAGAGCAACAGCACUGGCAGUUUGCGAGGAGCUUGGCAUUCCAGAGGACCAGAUCAUACUUUCCGAUCAGCUUGUGGAACUCAGCCAAGGGCAGUGGGAGGGGAGACCGCGCACGGAAAUGUACACUCCUGCGAUGUUAGCCCGCAUUCAGGCGAUGCAGCCCGACUUUCGUGCGCCUGGAGGGGAGUCACAGCGGCAGGUAGAGCAUCGGAUGGUAGAGUUCAUCAACAACGUUGUUCUUCCAAGGUCCUCCGUGACCCCUGGGAUAGAGCCAAUUGCACGGCUGGAUGGCAGUGGAGCAUCUGUUCUGGAAGCCACAUCGUUAGAUGCAACGAUGCACGAGCCUUAUGACGACCUAACCACCAGCACAGCUAAGAGCUCAGGGGGAAUUGAUCUCCCGCCCUCUGGAUUUUUUCGGGUUGGCACUGCGGUGAUGGAAGGACCCAUGGUCGUCGGAUCGCCCGGAAAAAGUUUGUUGGGGGGCGGAAGAGGUGGCGAUCCGUUUGGUUCCGGAAGAGGCAGCGAUCCCUUCGGUGGCGGAAGAGGCAGCGAUGCGUGGGGAAGUGUGCAUGGCGGGGGGGGUGAGGGUCUGCACAGCUCCGGCUCUUUUGGGGCAUCGGAAAACGUACUGCCAUCGUCACCAAAAGGAACCUACAGCGUGAACUCGGCAAGAGGGGGUCGAGGGUCCGCAGCAGUCAUCAAGGUGGCUAUUUUCACCCAUGGGAUGUCUAUCAAGUGUUUGCUGAGGAGUUUGUUGUUAUCGUCCAAUCCGAACAUAACACACAAGAUAAAUAUCGACAACACGUCCGUGACCGUCUUGAAACAUAACGCAAUGGCAGGCUGGCAGCUUGUUAAGGUCAACUGCGUUGCUCAUUUACUGAUCGCGCGAGGGCCCCUCCCGCCAGCGCUGACUAGAAGCGGCGAACCUCCACCUGCCAAGGCUUCCUCAGAAUCUAGCUAAGUGGCCAAGCAGGGAUCUUCUUCGUCAAAUCCCAGCCAUCCAUUACCAGGAAGAUCAGUGACGGUGAGUAGCUUGUUGGUCUUUUCAUUGCCUAUGUUAGACACUGGAAUUGUUUCAAGCUCUGUUGACGAAAGCUGUCUCGGUCUGUCUCGGAUCCUAAGUGGGUAGCCAAGCAGGAUGUCCUUAAGAGCCCAACCAUCCACCAUCCAUUACCUGGAGGAUAAAAUGGUGGCAGUAAAGUGCUGGCCAUUGCCUGUUGGAGGCACACAACUGUGUCAAUCUCUAUUGAUGUCUUGGAAUCUAGUUGAGAGGCCAAGGAGGAUCUUCUUCAGAUCUCAUCCAUUCUGUUAGAUAUAAUCUGAAAUGAUCAAAGCUAGCAGUAGCUCGUCCUAUGGUCAAACUGAACCAAGGGCUAUGUGACCUCUAUUCUUUGAGCCCAGACUGUUAUUAUGGUCAUUGGUCAUGUUCCUCAUUGUUCCGCCUCGGGCUGUCCCACAAGAAGCACCAUUGUCAAACCCCCCCAAACAACUGAUUUCCAUUCGUUCUAGCCGUAGCAUUCUGCAGAAUCU